AGGAAACGAAGUUGGAAAAGUUACAAAAGCAUCUUUCCAGUCAAGCACCAAAUCUUGUAUUAGGCUUCACCGAACAGACUAAGCUUAACAUUUGUCAAGCAGAAGGACCAGUUGUCUUGCACAGGAAGGAUUAAAAGUAAACAAUGACUCAGUUGAGAGCUUAUGAGCGAUUGCUUGGAGCAUAUCUACUUAUCAUUCUCUGUGUUCAAGGUCAAAAUCUUGACAGCAUGCUUCAUGGCACAGGAAUGAAGACAAAUCCUGACCAAAAGAAACAAGUGAAUGGAGUGACACUUGCUCCAGAGGACACCUUACCUUUUCUUAAGUGCUACUGCUCAGGACAUUGUCCAGAUGAUGCUAUUAAUAACACAUGCAUAACUAAUGGGCAUUGCUUUGCUAUCAUUGAGGAAGAUGAACAUGGAGAGCCCACACUUGCUUCUGGCUGCAUGAAGUAUGAAGGUUCAGACUUCCAGUGCAAGGACUCACCUAAAGCACAAUUACGUCGAACAAUUGAGUGCUGUCGGACCGAUUUCUGUAAUCAGGAUUUACAACCAACAUUACCACCACUUGACAGUACAGAUGGACUGUUUGAUGGAAGCAUUCGUUGGAUGGCGGUGUUGAUUUCUAUGGCAGUCUGCAUAAUUGUCAUGAUCAUCUUAUUUAGCUGCUUUUGUUACAAGCAUUACUGUAAGUCAAUGGCAAAGAGGCACUGUUAUAAUCGUGACCUGGAACAAGAUGAAGCAUUUAUUCCAGCUGGGGAGUCAUUAAAAGACCUUAUUGACCAGUCACAGAGUUCUGGGAGUGGAUCAGGACUACCAUUAUUGGUUCAGCGCACUAUUGCCAAACAAAUUCAGAUGGUGAGGCAAGUUGGAAAAGGACGAUACGGUGAAGUGUGGAUGGGCAAGUGGAGGGGUGAAAAAGUCGCAGUGAAAGUGUUCUUCACCACAGAAGAAGCUAGCUGGUUCCGAGAAACAGAGAUUUACCAAACUGUUUUAAUGCGUCAUGAAAACAUCCUUGGUAAGGAAGCAGUACAUUGUUUGGCUACUGGAGAGCUUUUGUGA